CCGCCUCCCGAGCCCGCCUCUCCUCACCAGCGCACAGCUGCGCAGACGCCGGCUGCGUGCCCGUGAGGAGCAUGGCGGCGUCUUCGAGCGGCGAGAAGGAGAAGGAGCGGCCGGGAUGCAGCUCGGGAACGGCGGGCGGUAACAGCACGCGGGAGCGACUGCUGUCUGCGCUGGAAGAUCUGGAGGUCUUGUCGAGGGAGCUUAUAGAAAUGCUGGCAAUUUCAAGAAACCAAAAGUUGUUACAGGCUGAGGAGGAAAACCAGGUCCUGGAGUUGUUAAUUCACAGAGAUGGGGAGUUUCAAGAACUAAUGAAAUUGGCACUUAAUCAGGGGAAAAUCCAUCAUGAAAUGCAAGUUUUAGAAAAAGAAGUAGAGAAGAGAGACAGUGAUAUUCAGCAGCUGCAAAAACAGCUAAAGGAAGCAGAACAAAUACUGGCAACAGCUGUUUACCAAGCAAAAGAAAAACUGAAAUCAAUAGAGAAAGCAAGAAAAGGUGCUAUCUCCUCUGAAGAAAUAAUUAAGUACGCACACAGGAUUAGUGCUAGUAAUGCUGUGUGUGCCCCACUGACCUGGGUUCCAGGGGACCCCCGGAGACCUUACCCAACUGAUUUAGAGAUGAGAAGUGGAUUAUUGGGUCAGAUGAAUAAUCCUUCCACCAAUGGUGUGAAUGGUCAUUUACCUGGGGAUGCACUUGCAGCAGGCAGAUUGCCAGAUGUCCUUGCUCCACAGUAUCCCUGGCAGUCAAAUGAUAUGGCAAUGAAUAUGUUACCACCCAAUCACAGUAAUGACUUUUUGUUGGAACCUCCGGGGCAUAAUAAAGAAAAUGAAGAUGAUGUAGAAGUUAUGUCAACAGACUCCUCGAGCAGUAGUAGUGACUCUGAUUAAAAAAACAUAUGAGGUAAAAAGCACACAGAAUCGAAUACUGUAGAAUUCUGUUUCUUAAAUAAUAGCAAACCUGUAAAAAUAGCCAAUUGGCUAUAGUGGAUUGUGCAGCCUAUUAAAAAUCGCAAUGGACUUUCUUUAUAAAGCCAAAAAUCAUGAUUUCAGUUCUAAACCACUUGGUGAAUAUUUAGAGAAUAAUCAAAUGUUACUGUUAGAAAAAACAGAUUAUUCAAUUCAGUGCCGUCUGACUGUGUUCUGUUGCAGUUGUGUUAGAUUUGUACAUAAUAGUUCUGGAAGUAAGAUUUGAGGCAAAUGACCCAUGUGUAUAUCACUAAUAGGCCUCCUGGAAUUAUUUAGAAAAGCAAAAAAAAAAAGCGGAUCACUGAAUGUGUGUCAUAUCAAAAUAACAAAACCUCUCAUUGAAAGUGAAGGUUGUUAGCUUCUGUCACAGGAACAGGAGAAAUUGUCUCAAUUUGUAAUAUUUGUAGUUAUUGUAAUUUUUGUAAAUGAACUAUUGUUUGUACUCUGUGUUUUUUUUUAAAUUUAAACUACCUUCAGUGUAGGUAGGAAAUUAUUUCUAUAAACCCAGUUACAUUUUAUACAUUUGUAAGUAGAAUUCUAGAGUGUGAAUGAACAUGAUUUAAUAAAUACAAUUGAACUAGUAAUCUCAACUGGUAGGUUUCUCAAAGGCCCAAACUGCCAUUCUUCUUAGAAGAUAUAGAAUGAAGUAUUUGUUUUUAAAUAAGUUUUUAAAAUUUGGCAUAAUAAUGUCUGAUUUUAAGAAUAACAGAGAUUUUAGAAUGUAAAACGUUGUCUGCCUUCAUCUUCCCUCUUAUUGCAGUUCCCAGAAAGAAUCAACUCUUAACCACUUUUAACUUCUGGUGGUUAACCUCCAUGUUUAAACAAUAUGCUAAUGCAAUUAUAUCUUGAUUUAUCAAUUUUAGACAUUGUACCUUUCAUAUUUUUUUUCCUGAUUGCAAAAGUAAUACAGCAUCUACUGUAGAACAUUUAGCAAAUAUAGUAAAGCUCAGGAGAAGAUAAAAUUGUUAGCACUCUACCCAGAGAUUGUAUCAACAUUUUGGUAUAGAUUUUAAUCUUUAAAAAAAUCUACAUAUAUACUUUUUAAAAAAAAAAAAAA